AAAGGAGCCGUUCAUGACCCUGGAAUUCACUGUCACAAACAGAGCCCCAGCUGGUGACUCCAGACCUGGAGUGUAAUUUGACUCAUUUGAGAGUUUAGAAGCAGCCAGAGCCUUCCCCCUACAGCUCCUCUGGGGGGGGGGGAGGGGGGGGAAGGGCAUGAGACAGGUCACUUUGCCCAAAUGACAAGUUGGUGAUGACCCGGGACUCUGUUGUGAUGCAGUGAUUGUUGGGUCAGCCCCCAGAGGUCGCAGCAUUUCACACCAGGCUGUCGCCCAGAGCACAUGGCUGCUGCCUGUGGGUCUGAGUACAGGGACCAGGGUGAUGGAGCAGGGCCUUUGGGAUCAACCUGCUUCCAUUGCUAAAGGGAACGUGAGACACAGAAGGAUGAAGGAAAGUAUUCUUGUCCAACUCCAACGUGAUCUCUUAUUUCUGUUGAUUUGAUCACUGCAGCUUGUCUGUCAGAAGUAGUAAGAGAACCUGUUCCUAUCAAGAGGUAAGGAAUGCACCUUCUCCUAGCAAUGGAGUGGAAACUAACCAAUCUCAGUGUACUUUCAGGUGAAGGAAGUGAAUCUAGCCUUUGCUGUCAAAGGCUACAAGCAGUUUCAUAAGAAUAAAGCAAGAUACAUAACCAAAGCUUCUGAGGUUACAGAAGUAUUGACUUGUUCUAGCCAAGAAUAAGGAAAGCACUUAUACCUACUAGAUUAACAGUACAGCUGAUUGUAUGGAGAGAAAGAGAUAAACCAAUCCAGCAAUUCACCACACAGAAGAAGGUCAUAUUUCAAGAUGCAAGGAUGACACAUGGCUGUAGUUUACGGGAAGGAAUUAGCGGAUCCAUCCUUUUAAGGAGGUAAGAAAUAUGGGAAUGAUGUAUUGUAAUAGUCAAUGGUUCUGGUCAUCCUUUCAGGUGGAAGGAAGGUAACUGAGGAAAUCUUCAUCUCUCUAAAGAGCACAAGAAAUUGCUGUACUGAAUAAAGCACUAAAAAUGGGAGCUACCUGUUCAGAUGAAAGGAAAGUAGUUGGUAAUUCUAACCAAUGAUGAUGAUCUCUGCUCCUUUUUCCUUCCCAGAGAAGGCCAUUGCUUGUUCCUACAAGGAUGUAACAGGGAAGUUAUUUCAAAGAACAAGUGCAACUAACCAGAGUGUGAAGAUGAGCAUUGAGCCUGUUCUUGCAUUUGUAGAGAGGAGUUGUCCAGCUGAUUCUAUUUGUGCCUAAUUGAUCAUUGUUGCUUAUUUUUCAGAUGUCAAGAACUAAGUGGAACUGAUCAUUUCUAUCAAGAGGUAAGGAACGCACCUCCUCACAGCAUGGAGGCAGGACUUAAAGGCUCUUUUUCUAUUUUCAGGUGAAAGGAAGGUCUUACCAUUCAAGGGAGGAUGAGAGGCUGCUGAAUUUAAGAAAAAAGAAGUCAGACAGGUUUUGCUCUUCUGAGAUAUGAAGAGACCAGGUGGUCAUUUCUACCAGGGAGAAGUGAGGCUUAGUGGCAUGGCUGUCCUGGGCAAGGAGACAAAAAAAGCCACUUCAAGUAGUUCAGCUAGUUGCAAAUCUGAAUCAAGUCAGCAGAACAUAAGACAUGGAGAUGAGAGAAAUUCAGAUGAGUUGAACGUUGAGGUUGUGAAAUCUUCAGGAAGUUGCUAGAAGAUCUGGGAUAUCUACAGAAAGGAAACAAGCAAAACUCAUCACUGUUACCAAGAGGAGGAGAGUUACAGAUGCUCAGGAUUUGAGUAGAAAGGAACAGGGACGGAGCUGAACAGAUCCAACACCUUAAAGGACGAUUGGAUCUCAAAAUAUGAAAGACCCUUCAUUCAAUAAAGCAACAGGAUUGGCUCUGAGGAGCGGUAAGCAACAUUUGGGCAGCGCCGGAGGACUCUGCUCCAGUCCAAGGGCUUGGGGAUGUGGCUGGAAUGGCGCCCGACUCCUGUGCUUUGCCGCCAUUAGCUGGGUGCUCGUGACUCAGAUGGAAGUGGGAGCCUGGACCUACCAUUAUGGAGACAAAUCUGAUUACUCCUGGGAGCUGGCCAGAAACUUUUGCAGGUCAUUCUACACGGACCUCAUAGCAAUCCAGAACCAGAGGGAAAUUGCUUAUCUCAACAGUGUCUUACCCCACUCUAGAACAUACUACUGGAUUGGGCUACGAAAGAUAAAAAAUGUCUGGACGUGGGUUGGUACCAACAAGGCCCUGACGAAGGAGGCUGAGAACUGGGCUAACAGGGAACCCAGCAAUAAAGGGAGGAACCAAGACUGUGUGGAGAUUUACAUAAAGAGAGACCUUGAUGCUGGAAGGUGGAACGAUGAGCACUGCCAAAAGAAAAAGAGGGCUCUGUGUUACCAAGCGUCUUGCCAGCGUUCCUCCUGCAGCCAGCGCGGCGAGUGCGUGGAGACCAUCGGGAACUACACCUGUGAUUGCUACCCUGGUUUCUACGGGCCGGAGUGUGAACACGUUGUGAGGUGCAAAAACCUUCACCCCGGGCCUGACUGCAGUCAUCCCCUGGGGGAAUUUAGCUACAACUCCACAUGCAAGUUCCAGUGCCAGGAGGGGUUUGAACUGCAAGGGCUGGACACGGUGCAGUGCUUGGCGUCGGGGAACUGGACAGCAGCAGCUCCGGAGUGUGCAGGAGCCGCAGAAAAUACUGCUGCUGUCUUUGUGGUGAAUCAGACACCCCCCUCUAUCUGUGCAAUGGAAGGGUCAGAGUUCACCAUCGAGUGUACAUUCAACAUAAGCAAUAAUUCAAUCAAGUGGUUUGGUGAAUGGAAUAAAACCAGAAUCAAUGUAACAGAAAAGGUGUCCAGUGGAACAGAUCGAAUCAUAUCAUCAGCAGAUAAAGAAAAGAGGUCUCUUUCCCUCACUGUGAAGAAAGCCGACGUCACUGAUUCUGGAACCUACGUAUGUUGGGUUGGGAGCAAAGAUCGGAUAUUUCCUGGGAAUGGAACCCAAGUGACCAUCGAUGGAACCUACGUGUGUGAGGUGGGGACCACAGCAAGGAACCUCCCUGGGAAUGGAACAGGAACCCAAGUAACCAUCGAGAAACCACUUCAAAGCAGGUCAGAGGCAGAGAUGAAUCAGAUGGAGAUGUCUUCUCCUCCACCAGCUAAUGAGGUGACUUACGUUGACUUCAACUUCCACAAAAAGGAUGCAAAAGCGGAGGAAGAGGUUGUUUACAUGGAAGUGAAGAUACAGCCAAAACAGAGAGAUGACAAUGACAUCUACGCAAAAGUCAAACCUCAUCAGCGCUAG